CAGACGGGCGCGGGCGGCGCGGCCGGCCAGGUCCGAGGGCGGUGGCCGCCUCCUCAGCAGCGCCGCGGGCGGAGAGGGCCGCCGAGCCGGGCAUGGGGAGGCCCGGGCGCGCGCGCGGCCCCGGGGGCGCACAGUGACGGCGGCGGCGCCCCGGGCCCGGCAGCGCCGAGGCCGCUUCGCCAGGGAGCCCGCGGCCGGCGGCGGGCCGGGCCAUGAAGAGCGGCCGGGGCCGGGCCGGGCCUCGCUGACCCCGGCCCCGCGCGGCGGCGGCCUCCCCCGUUUCCGCCCCGGCCUCUCGGCAUGAGCGUGCGCCCGGGCCCGGGGCCGCGGCUGCCCCAGGCCGGCCGCCCGUGGGCGCGCUCGGGGUCCGCGGGCCCGCGGCGCUGAUCCCGGCCCGCAGCCCGCCGGCCGCCCGCCCGGGGCCGCGCCAUGGAGGUGGUGGGCGACUUCGAGUACAGCAAGAGGGACCUCGUGGGGCACGGGGCCUUCGCCGUGGUCUUCCGGGGGCGGCACCGCCAGAAAACUGAUUGGGAGGUAGCUAUUAAAAGUAUUAAUAAAAAGAAUUUGUCAAAAUCACAAAUACUGCUUGGGAAGGAAAUUAAAAUCUUAAAGGAACUUCAGCAUGAAAAUAUUGUAGCACUCUAUGAUGUUCAGGAAUUACCCAACUCUGUCUUUCUGGUGAUGGAGUAUUGCAAUGGUGGAGACCUGGCAGAUUAUUUGCAAGCUAAGGGGACUCUGAGUGAAGAUACCAUCAGAGUGUUUCUGCAUCAGAUCGCCGCCGCCAUGAGGAUCCUGCACAGCAAAGGGAUCAUCCACAGGGACCUCAAACCUCAGAACAUCUUGCUGUCUUACGCCAGUCGCAGGAAGCCCAGCGUCAGUGGUAUCCGCAUCAAAAUAGCGGAUUUUGGUUUUGCUCGUUACCUGCAUAGUAACAUGAUGGCUGCGACGCUGUGUGGCUCCCCGAUGUACAUGGCUCCCGAAGUUAUAAUGUCUCAGCAUUACGAUGCCAAGGCAGACUUGUGGAGCAUAGGGACAGUGAUCUACCAGUGCCUGGUUGGAAAACCACCUUUUCAGGCCAAUAGUCCUCAAGACCUAAGGAUGUUUUAUGAGAAAAACAGGAGCUUAAUGCCUAGUAUUCCCAGAGAAACAUCACCUUAUUUGGCAAAUCUCCUUUUGGGUUUGCUUCAGAGAAACCAGAAAGAUAGAAUGGACUUUGAAGCAUUUUUUAGCCAUCCUUUCCUUGAGCAAGUUCCAGUAAAAAAAUCUUGCCCAGUUCCAGUCCCCGUGUAUGCUGGUUCCGUCUCCGGAAGCUCCUGUGGCAGUUCUCCGUGUCGCUUUGCCUCCCCACCAUCCCUUCCAGAUAUGCAGCAUAUUCAGGAAGAAAACCUAUCUUCCCCACCAUUGGGCCCUCCCAGCUAUCUACAAGUGUCCAAAGAUUCUGCCAGUGCUAGUAGCAAGAACUCUUCCUGUGACACGGACGACUUUGUUUUGGUUCCACACAACAUCUCGUCAGACCACUCAUAUGAUAUGCCAAUGGGAACUGCUGGCAGACGUGCUUCAAGUGAAUUCUUGGUGUGUGGAGGGCAGUGCCAGCCUGCCAUGUCUCCUCACAGUGAGACGGCACCCGUCCCAGUUCCGACUCAGGUGAGGAACUAUCAGCGCAUCGAGCAGAACCUUACGUCUCCUGCCAGCUCUGGCGCAAAUCCACAUGGGUCUCCAAGAUCUGCAGUGGUGAGAAGGUCUAACACCAGCCCUCUAGGUUUCCUCCGGCUGGGAUCCUGCUCCCCAGUUCCAGCAGACACAGCACAAACAGCUGGACGAAGGCUGUCUGCUGGGUCCUCCAGGCCUUACUCUCCUUCUCCUUUGGUGGGUGCCGUUCCGGAGCAGUUGUCGCAGUGCUGCUGUGGGCGACCCCAGGGCCACGAGCCCAGGAGCGGGAGCUCCUCAGGUUCUCCGGUGCCGCAGGCUCAGUCGCCACAGUCUCUCUUGCUGGGUGCCAGGCUGCAGAGCGCCCCCACCCUCACCGACAUCUACCAGAACAAGCAGAAGCUCCGGAAGCAGCACUCGGACCCCGUGUGUCCUUCCCACGCUGGGGCCGGGUACAGCCCGUCCCCCCAGCCCAGCCGGCCGGGCAGCCUCGGGACCUCCCCCACCAAGCACAUGGGGUCCUCCCCCCGGAGCUCCGACUGGUUCUUUAAAACUCCUUUGCCAACAAUCAUCGGCUCUCCGACCAAGGCCACAGCUCCUUUCAAAAUCCCCAAAACGCAGGCGUCUUCCAACCUGCUGGCUCUGGUUACACGCCAGGGUCCGGCUGAAGGUCAGCCCAAGGACGGGAGUGACACCCGGGAGUGUGCCCCUUGUCUCUUGGUGCCCGGAGGGGAGAGGCAGCGGACCGAGCAGCACAGAGCAGCCUUUGGCAGAUCUGUCAGUACUGGGAAAUUGGAUCAACAAGUAAAGCCAUCCUUGGGUGCUCAGCUCCAUCAGGGUAGUACGGACAGUUUAAAUUCAGAACGACCUAUGGAUAUAGCUCCUGCAGGAGCCUGUGGCGUGGUGCUGGCACCUCCUGUCGGAGCAGUGGCGAGUUCCAGGGCCGUCCUCUUCACCGUGGGGUCCCCUCCGCACAGCGCCACAGCCCCUGCCUGUACCCAGAUGGUCCUCCGAGUGAGAACUGCUUCAGGGGGAUCCAGCAGCUCCGGGGGCUCCCUGUGCCCUGCCAGCGGCCGAGUGUGCGUGGGCUCCCCACCCGGCCUGUGCGCGGGGUCGUCCCCCCCGGGCGCGGAGGCUGCCCCCAGCCUGCGAUACAUGCCUUACAGUGCCUCACCCCCCAGCCUCGAGGGGCUCAUCACCUUCGAAGCCCCCGAACUGCCCGAGGAGACGCUGAUGGAGCGAGAACACACAGACACCCUGCGGCACCUGAAUGCAAUGCUGAUGUUCACGGAGUGUGUGCUGGACCUCACGGCCGUGCGGGCCGGGAGCCCGGAGCUGUGCACGUCCGCCGUCUCCGUGUACCAGAUCCAGGAGAGUGUGGUCGUGGACCAGAUCAGCCAGCUGAGCAGGGACUGGGGGCGGGUGGAGCAGCUGGUGUUGUACAUGAAAGCUGCUCAGCUGCUCGCGGCUUCUCUGCACCUUGCCAAAGCCCAGAUCAAGUCCGGGAAGCUGAGCCCGUCCACGGCUGUGAAACAAGUUGUCAAAAAUCUGAAUGAACGAUAUAAAUUCUGCAUCACCAUGUGCAAGAAACUUACAGAAAAGCUGAAUCGCUUCUUCUCUGACAAGCAGAGGUUUAUUGAUGAAAUCAACAAUGUAACUGCAGAGAAACUCAUCUAUAAUUGUGCUGUAGAAAUGGUUCAGUCUGCAGCCCUGGAUGAGAUGUUUCAGCAGACUGAAGAUAUUGUAUAUCGCUAUCAUAAGGCAGCCCUUCUUUUGGAAGGCCUAACUAAGAUUCUCCAGGACCCUGCAGAUAUUGAAAAUGUACAUAAAUAUAAAUCUAGUAUUGAAAGAAGAUUGUCGGCACUCUGCUACAGCCCCGGGACCCUGUGAACAGCGGCCUGUCCUGUGGACCAGUCGGUGGGAACGUGGGGGAGACGUUGGGAUUACACUUUGGAUUCUGUUGCUCCAUCCCCAGGAAACUAAUUUCUUAGUGGUGACUACCAAAGAACAGCGGUGAUUUCAAAAAGGAAAAACUGUCCAAAAACUACGUAUUUGUAGGAAAUCUGCCUUAUCGGAGAAGUCACCCCCUUCCCCUUUCCUUUGUGGAAACAGAAGCAAGAGUAUGCCACUUGGCUCUCAGUUUGAGCUUGGUAAAUAAAUGUCCUUUAAGAACUAGAGUGACCAGUACAGUUAUUCUUAAGGAUAAUUAACAGGGAAACAGUGUGUGGCUUUUCCCUCAGUCACCAGAGGUGAAAUUCCACCUGGAUGAGAAUGAUGGAAAUGGGUCUGCCAGUCCCAGGACUACUGGAGAAGGACUGAGGUACAGGAAGUAAAAAAAUCUACAUCUCAUCCAGGCAGUGUGGUAUUGGGGUAAGUCUGUCUGAACCUGAGCAUGCAUCCUAAAACAGCUCAACAAGAAGUAGCUUAAGAAGAACUUGCAAAAGAUGGCCCUUGGAAGAAAUUUUGAGAUCUUCAGUUUGACCUAACAUGGAUGCAUUAAUCUUCUAAAAUAUUUCAUAUUGCACUAAUUUAUUAAAACAACCAUGUGUUGGAUUUUGCAGUUUAAGACUAAAUGCACAAAUGGACUUGUUUAAAAUAUUUUACUUGAUAUAUACAUAUACCCUUUCCAGAAUUCAGAUGUAAUCUUUAGUGGACUUUUAAACGGUAAAAAGUUGUAUUCAUGUGAACCUUUGCAUUUUUUUACCUAUUCAUCUGCAACCACAGAUUUUGUCAGUAAUAUUUUGAGUUGCUGGUUGUUUGCUUUUGUUUGCAUUUUUAAAUGUGCAUGCAGAAUGUACACUGAUGCCUGUGACCUCUAGGUUUAUUAAAGGGUAGGUUUAUUUGGGCAGUGUUAGAACAAAUAUCAUAAACUGAGAAAACCUCUCAAGAACUGUAAUAGGGCCAAAACAGUUGGUGAUCUAAAGGCUUGUUAGUGAUGUGGCGUUUCUAUAUAAAGCUAGUGGAAAAUGUUUAUUUUUAAUUGAAGCUUGUUUUCUCUUAGGAAAAUGGGCAGGUUUCUCCAGAGUGCCGUGUUUUUAUGCUAAUCCUGACAGUUCACCAGAUCGCUAGUCGUGGAGAAGGCGGGCAGUCAGCAUCCUCCAGAAAGGGUUCCAGCAGUGUAUAUCACUUUGUUUCUUUUACUUACCUGCUUGAAUACUUGAAUAAACCAUCCUCUGCUUUUAAUCCUUUUAUUUGAAUCCUUUUAGGUAAUAUAAUGUGAACUCUGACAAAUUGCACAGACGCUCUUUGGCAUUAAUCUAGUUUUAGUGUACUGAUGAAAACCAACUAACAAAACAAACCCAUUUUUUUCCUUUACUUUGACAAAGUAAUGUAAUUUUUACCUUAUUUAUCUGAAAUUCCAGCAGUUAAUUUGAACCUUUAUUUAUACGAUGUUUGUAUUUUUAGGUCUUUAAUACCGUGUUUCUACCUCUCAUUUGUAACUGCAUGCAUUAUUCUUGAAACCAGGCGAAGCUCACAGAAUUGUCGUGUAAUAGCCUUUUUAUUAUUGUCUGUACAAAUGUAUAUUAAGGUAAAAUAAAAUAGACAAAGUGUUUCUAGGGUAGAGUUGACUCCGUGUUAAGGAGCUUGUCAAGCCAGAUAAUUCCCCAGUGAGUUUGGAGACUUGUCCCAACAUCCUUUGUCCUGCCCAGGACCAAAGGUUCGUGGUGGCUGCCAGCCAGGCCGAGCGUGGGGGGCUCAGCAGGGAGGCCGGGGGUGCAGCACUGUUACUGAGGACACUGUAGCCUGUAUGAAUUUCCAUAGUUUCCAGUGCAUGUUCACUUGUUGUCUCGGUUGUCACCGUUAUCUCAGUUGAUCCUCAGGUGGGGGUGCCCCCCCACCCCCCCACUUUAAGCACAGGAUGAGGCAGGAUCUGAAGUCAGGCAGCGAGGGAAGUGUCAGGCCAGGCUUUGGUGACUUCCAGGUUCAUCUUUCUCUGUGUAAUGAGAGUUCUUGUGGUAGGUGGUUUGUGUGAAACGGUGACGUCUGGACCAGUGGAGAAGAACAAACUGUAAAUUCAUGGACAAUGGUUGUGAUCAUACUUCCAUUAUCAAGGCUAAUUGCUUUAAGAGAUUUUGCCUUGAUUGCAGCAAUAAUAAAAAAAUGCUUUAUGUUUCCUUGA